CCAAUAAGGAAAAUACUAAGCCUCAACCCAUUAGCACUAUUACUUCUGUUAAAUACUAUAUUAAUAUCCAAGAUUAUACUUAUCCUGCUAUUAUUGAUAGUGGAGCCUCUGUCAGUAAGAUCUCACACCAAACUGUAAAGAAAUUAGGCCUUAAAAUUGAGAAGCCAUCAAAAAGUCUUAUUGUCGCUACUACUAGCACCACCUCCAGACCUCUUGAAAUUAUUAGAAAUUUGCCUAUUAGGAUCUAA